AACUUAGCUUUUACUCUCGGCCCGGUGACCGGUCACCUCCCCGGCCCAGCUGCCACCUGCACCCGGAGACGCUGCCGCCGGACCCUGCCCAGAGCUCUAACUCCUCGGUGACCACCAUGUCCCAGACCAAAACGCUGAAGGUCCGCAUGACCCUCUUCUGCAUCCUGGCCGGCAUCGUGCUGGCCAUGGCCGCUGUGGUGACUGACCACUGGGCUGUGCUGAGCCCCCACAUGGAGCACCAUAACACCACCUGCGAGGCGGCCCACUUUGGCCUCUGGAGGAUUUGCACCAAGCGCAUUCCCAUGGACGACAGCAAGAGCUGCGGACCCAUCACCCUGCCUGGGGAGAAGAACUGCUCCUACUUCAGGCAUUUUAACCCAGGCGAGAGCUCGGAGAUCUUCGAAUUCACCACUCAGAAAGAGUACAGCAUCUCGGCUGCCGCCAUUGCCAUCUUCAGCCUUGGCUUUGCCAUCCUGGGCACCAUCUGCGUCCUCCUGUCCUUCGGGAAGAAGAGGGAUUACCUGCUGAGGCCAGCAUCCAUGUUCUAUGCUUUUGCAGGUCUCUGCAUCUUUGUCUCGGUGGAGGUCACGCGGCAGUCGGUGAAGCGCAUGAUUGACAGCGAGGACACCGUGUGGAUCGAGUACUAUUACUCCUGGUCCUUCGCCUGUGCCUGCGCCGCCUUCGUCUUCCUCUUCCUCGGGGGUCUCGCCCUCCUGCUGUUCUCCCUGCCUCGGAUGCCCCAGAACCCCUGGGAGUCCUGCAUGGAUGCUGAACCCGAGCACUAGCC